AUGUCGAACAACCCGAUUCCAACAACACAACCUGAUAUUGCACUAAAAGGUUUAAUAGAUGCUAUUGACUUUGCUGCAAUUAAGCAUUCAAAACAAAAAAGAAAAGAUUUGGACGGAACACCAUAUAUAAAUCAUCCAAUUGGUGUAAUGAAGAAUCUUGUAGACGCUGGUGUUUAUGAUAUUGCUACAUUACAAGCUGCUGCUUUGCAUGAUACUGUUGAAGAUACUAAUACAACAUUUGAUGAGCUAGAAAAGAAAUUUGGAAAAGAGGUUGCAUACAUAGUAGAAGAGUGUACAGAUGAUAAGGCUUUACCAAGAUGGGAAAGGAAACGUCUGCAAAUUGUAAACACUCCUAAUAAGUCAGACAAGGCUAAACUUGUAAAACUUGCAGAUAAAUUGUAUAAUUUAAAUGACAUAACACGCCAAGUACCAGUUGAUUGGUCAAAACAGAGAAAAGUAACAGAUGGUGCUAAAGGUGUAAAUGUAUUGCUAGAUAAUGAAUUGGAAAAUUUUUAUAAAGAGGCCAAGGCUAGUUUAAAUGGAGAAACAUUUAAAUGUCAUCCAUUAGUUGAAUAA